GUGGAGCUGCGCCGAAGCCUCGAGUCGGACGGGAAUUUUCGUCUUGUUCUUUUUUCUCUUUUUUCUCCCUCUUCUCGCCUCCCUUCGCCCUCGCAUUCGCUCUCGGCCUGCUCUUUCGCCUCUCUUUCGCGGGAAUUCGCACUCUCCUCGCCUCCUGGCCCGUGGAUUGAGGCUUUAAAGCGAGUUUUUCGCGUUUUUUUCUCUUUUUUUCCCCCUGGCUCGCGAGAGAAAGAGGGAGAGGGAGAACGAGUGAUAAAGAGGGGGAAUAGGCGAAAAAAUUGGUGGAAAAAGGUUAGGCUUGGGAAGAGGAAGUACACAAUGAGUUUUGAGUCAUCUAGCAGCCCCAGCUCAGCGCUUCCCGAUGGGGAAACGCGAACAAACCUUAUCAUCAACUACCUGCCACAGACUCUCACCGACCAAGAGUUUUACAAGAUAUUUGUUGUUGUCGGGCCCAUCAAAAACUGCCGCAUUAUGAAGGAUUUAAAGCAGACUGGCUAUUCCUUCGGGUUCGGCUUCGUGGAGUACCAGAAGCCAGAGGACGCUGCAAAGGCCAUCCUGCAAUUGAACAACCUCCCAGUGCAGCACAAACGUAUCAAGGUCUCCUAUGCCCGGCCCCCUGGUGAGGACAUCAAGGAAACCAACCUCUACAUUCAGAAUAUUCCCAGGUUUGAUAAGAAGUCUCAGGCAGAAGCGGCGAUUGUGGGCAUGAAUGGCGUUGUUCCCGAGGGUGGGACUGAGCCCCUAGUGGUUAAGGUAGCGGAGGAGCACGGCAAAAUGAAGGCUGCCUACUACGCUGGUUACCAUGCUGGCCUCAGCACCACGAGAGGUGGCGGCGGUGUCGGUCGAGGGCGUGGUAACUACAACAACCGAGGGGGAGGUGGUGGUGGCUACCAGGGACGAGGGAACUACAAUAAUAUGGUGGGUCUCUUUUUUUCAUUUUUUCAUUUUUUCAUUUUUUAAAGUUCCUAAAUUAGU